AACGCAUUUAUGUACAUAAGACUAUCACCAUGUGGGUGAGCAUGCUGCUGCUGAUGUGGGGUCAUUCAUAAUCCCGGUACAGUCCUGGUGGUGGAUUUGAUAUAUAACCUACAAUAUAACCACACUAUUAAAUAACAAUGGGGCUCUAUGAAGUUAUUUUCCAGCGCAAAAAUGUCAGGCAAACUGUGUGAAAGCGAAUCACGAACAACAAAAUACAUAAUUGCUUAUUGUGUAGAUUUAUUAUAUGGACACACACACGUACACACAUCACACACUGGGUUGAGUGGUGCGAACAGGAAGGGGAGGAGGACAUCACUGGUACGUCCCGAUGUGCAGAGAGCUGCCAAUUCAUUUCACCGCCGCCUCCGAGCAGCUCACUCCUUCUCCUCUCAGGUGUUAGGGUGGAUUUCGUUUGAAACGAAGUGGCACCAUUUUUUUGAUACCCACCUCCUUCCACCCUCUCUUCCUCACCGGGACACCGCGACAGGACGGCGAAGAGGGCAAGAAAGAGAGAGAGACAAGUUUAAAUCCCCGGCAGCUGCUUUUCUCGGAGACGACGGAACCCGAGAUUGCACCGGCACCACGCCUCGUCCCUGUCCCCGUCUCAAGUUAAAAUUUUUUUGUUUGUUUGUUUUGAGAAGUUACCGUCGACUUCGGUGAAGUUCCGUUCGCCCGCGAGGUCUACACAUCGCACCCGGCAUCAUGACUCGGAGAUCCUGUGCCAUUUACGCCACCGGGAUUGUCUGCGCUCACCUCCUGAUAGUGGGGAUCGCCCUGGUCGUGGCUCAAGUCUUCCAAACAAUGAUUCACAGCCGGUUAAAAAAGGAAAUUACUUUGACCGAGAAGAGCCAAAUGUUUGAGUCAUGGAAGAAUCCACCUCCACCUGUUUAUGUGGAGUACUACUUCUUCAAUGUGACCAAUCCAGGGGAAUUCUUGGCAGGCAAGAAGGCAGCUGUCAAACAGAUUGGACCAUAUACGUACAGAGAAUACAGGCCCCGGGAAAAUGUAACUUUCCUGGAGAACGGCACCAAGGUUUACGCCUUGAACCCAAAAACAUUUGUCUAUGUGCCUGAGAAGUCAUCCGGUGAUCCCACAGUUGACAUCCUCACGACCGUCAACAUCCCAUUUGUGGCAGUGAUGAAUGAGAUGAGUUCCUACUCAUUCUUUGUGCGACCUCUUGUCUCCAUGUACAUAAGCAGUCUGGGUGUGGAGUUGUUCAUUAACCGCACAGUGCAUGAGAUUUUGUGGGGCUUCAAGGACCCUCUUCUUUCAAAGCUUCGCAACGUAAAGCCUGACGUAGAUGAAUAUUUUGGACUGAUGUGGAAGAAAAAUGGCACCCAUGAAGGAGAGUUUGUGUUCCACACUGGCGAGGAGAACUACAUGGAUUAUGGCAAGAUCGACACGUGGAAUGGCCUGAGGAAGAUGUCGUGGUGGUCCUCCAAUCAGAGCAACAUGAUCAACGGUACUGACGGUGCUGUGUUCCACCCGCUGAUAAACAGGAACGAGCUGCUCUACAUCUUUGCUGCUGAUCUCUGCCGUUCGAUUCAUCUUGCCUAUGUGAAAGACGUGGAGGUGAAAGGGAUCCAGGCUUACCGCUUUGCACCCCCCAGGGAUGUCCUUAUGAGCCCCAAAGAAAACCCCACCAACGCAGGCUUCUGUGUGCCAGCUGGAGACUGCCUCGGCACCGGGGUGCUUAAAGUCAGCGUUUGUCGAGAAGGAGCUCCUGUCGUGGUAUCCUUCCCCCACUUUUAUCAAGCGGAUCCUGCAUACAUCAAUGCUGUUGACGGACUUAAUCCCAACCAGGAGGAGCAUGAGACGUACCUGGACUUGCAGCCGACGACGGGCGUUCCCAUUCGUGCCUGCAAGAGAGCUCAGCUCAACAUAAUUCUGAAAAGGGUUACAGGCUUCCCCACAACCAAGCACCUCAAUGAAACCAUUUUCCCCAUCAUGUUUGUCAAUGAGACUGCAACUGUUGAUGAUGACUCAGCAUCGCAGAUGAGGACGCUGCUCCUUAUCGUGACUCUGGUGUCAAACUUCCCUUUGCUCAUUGUGGGCAUGGGAAUCAUCCUGCUACUGGUGCUCGUCGUCUUGUUCUGUAGAAACCGCCAGAAGAAGAAUGAAGUAAAACGUAUUGAUUUUACUGAAGCUUUUCAUUCUUUUGCUACGGCGAAAGAUGACACGGCCUACACUCAGGUCAGCGACAAACCCAGUGAUUCGUCAGAAAUGCCGGCCAACCAGCCAAUGAGGAACGGCUCCUACAUUGCCAUGUCUCCAGUGGAGGCCCAGAAGUGUUGAUUGAGGAUCCCCUCUCCAACUGUGGAGCUCAGGAAGAGGGCUGAGGGAAGAGCACAGAGGUGUUACAUUACCAUGGGUGGGGGUUUGCAUACACAGUUGAUUAUUUUCACUUUAUUUUGGGGGUGGGGGGAUAGUAUGGGGAAAGCGGUGGGACACAAACCCCACUAAUUGUUUAGUCAACAAAGACAUUGCUUCUCUCACUGAGCCCUCUUAAUGACUGUCCACCCUCCUCCGCCUGCUGAGCACGGCCUUCACAUCCUGCAGUACUGCAUUACGACCAACUCCACACUCUAAUCCUCAUUUCCAUCCUGGUUGGGUCUGAAGAUGAAGGGACAAGCCUUCUCUUUUAUUCUUCUAAGGGAACACCGUAGCAUAGGUAUCGCUGUUGCACACGGACGCACGAUCUUCUGAGCAGACUCCACCUAAUCCAUCUAAUAAGGGUCAAAGUGUGUUUAGCAAUCCCAAACACUGGUGGGUGCUCUUAGAGUCGUAUUCUUGCUAUUUCCUUUCCAUCAGUGUUGUGAGAGAAGGAAACCAACCCAACAAGUUAGGAAGUCCCUGUCAUCAGUUUAGGAAGUACCUGUAACCAAUCAAUAGAACAAACCUCUCAGCUGAUGGGCUCAGAGUAUGGUAACAAAACUUAAUGAUUAAUGAUGUGUUCUUUUGUAAAGGAAGGAAGAAAGAACAGACUGAGCCAAACUAUUUAUAAUGUUCUGCCUUUCCUCCUUAGAUGAAAUAGUGCACCCCCACACACAUACAUUGCACUUAGUGAAAGUGUGUGUGCACCUUAUCUGACACUUCAGUGUCCUGUUUUGGUGGAUACUGGGCAACUACUUGUUUUUUCGAUUGCAGGCAGGCUGAAGUGUGACACCUGAAGUAACCAUGAAUUUGAGCCCCUAUCCUCCCCUACGCCUCGCGUUUAUCCUCCCCUAAAAACACCAGUUACCAGAGUCCUAGAGAACAUUUCAUAGUCCUCCCCAAUCAAGGUGACGACCAGUUAGCUGAAAAAUAGUUUGGAAAGCUGCACUUUUUAGCGUCCCCACACAUUAAACAAAAAGGAAGAACAAAUGCCCACAGAACUUACAAGGGACGAUUGAACCUGCUUUCUGCCUUACGAUGGUUCAGCGCAGUCUUUAUUUUCAUAUGUGGUUCAAAUAAGCUGGAACUGUAGUUAUUGUACAUAUAAAAAGGGGAACAGUUGAGAUACCUCUGACCAAAUCCAGCAAACAGUCCUUCUGUGUGUGCUGAGAAGACACUAACUUCGCUCUGGUGUCCACUGCUCCUGUACAUCCACACUGUUUCGUGUUACAGAAAGCACAAUUUGGAUUGUUAGACCAGUCCUCACACAAGGCUACCAGACUCUUUUGAUUCUGUCAAAAACACUGUCAAGUGCCGUGACUUUGAUGGGAGCUCUGCGCGCCCCUCGCCGCUGUGCAGUCAUUCAGUUUGCCAAGGAGCUGUAGGCAUUCAGGCAAAUUCAGCACACAGCACUUGAGUCACUGUUUGUCUUAUCCAUUUCAUGUUGUCUUUCAAUUUCUCUGUCCGCCACAUUUGUCUCGUCACGUGAUAAAACCCACCGGAGUUCUCUGGGGGGGAAGUGAAUUUAAGGCAAAAAAACUGUCAACGUGGAAAAUUCCCUGCAGUUUGCCUGGAAAUUGUGCCCUGUGUAUUUUCACUGUAUGUUUUUUUCUUUUUUCUUUUUUUUUUGUUCUGAUGAUUUCAAUGGAAGUGGUCCACGAGUUCAGUACAUUUCAACCAUUUGUCAUGCUUGUAUUAGUCGUGAAGGCUGUUGUUGUGAAUGGACAACAGACCAACCAAGCCUCUGUGUUACUUGCUUUUCAGCACAUGGAGUGUCUUCUUUUGAUAUACUUUUGUAUUUGUUAUUGCUGCUAAAAAUGCCAUAACCUAUGGACUUGUAUUCGAGUAUUUACCAUAAUGUGCUCCAAAGCAUUUUCAGGUUGAGCCACAGGGGCUGUUUUUUCAAGUCUUAAACCUGGUAGGCUUUUUGUGUUGUCAACCCUUUCACACCUGAGCACAAGAUACAAAGCCCAAAGCUUGCUGCCAUUUACUGGAAUUAGCAGUUACAGUUAUCAUUAGAAACCUGUUGUAUCACACUUAACAUCUCAUUCCAACGUGACCAUAUCACAUGUAUUGUGUAUUCUUGAGGUUUUCUUAUUAUGAGCUUAGUAAACUUGACUUUUCUGGAAAGGGGGCGAGCUGCUUUUGCAUCACCUAAGAUGGGUGGCCAAAGUCACAUUCUGGGUUUAAUAACACGGUCAUGGAGAGUACUUUUAAAGCAACAGUUUAGUUAAAACGAACACUUCUUUGCUUUACAACUCUGUUCAUUAAGACUCCAGCCAGGAGGCGAUUAACUUGGCUUAGCGCAAAGCCUGCAAACACAGGGAAACCACUAGCUGGCAUGUGUCAUGCUGUAACAGAACCAAGCUCCAAGACAUCUUUACGGCACAUGAGUUAAUGUGCAUAGUUCAGGAAAUAAAUCUGCAGUCGUUUUGACUUUUUGUAUGGAUUAAAAGGUAAAACAAGAGCUAUGUUUAAAGAUGCUGGAAGGAAGUUCCACUAGCUGUUUGCCUCUAGUCUUCAUGCUAAGCUAAGCUAACCGUCUCUGCUCCAGUCUGAACUGACAUGAGAGUGUUAACAGUAUUUUAACUGGAAGCCACAAAGCAAAUACAGCCAACAAUGUUGAGCUGCUUCUCUGAAGUGAAGUCUAUUCACUAAAGGCCUUUUUACUCUGCCUACAUGCACGUGACCACCUCCCUGUGCAAACUCGCAGUUCAUCGUUGUUCACCUUUUCAAAUAUCGUGACCCGAACCAGAAAUACCUUAAUCCAGAGCGUUGUGUAUGUGUGCUUGUGUCACUGUUCAAACACGCACACCUGAGCCAUCACUCCUCUUCAGUCUACUACACCGACCUUUGAGUCUAAUCCUUCAAACCCAUUGGCUCGUCCCUGCUUGACCAAAGAUAACCCGGAUAGAUUUGCCCCGGCACCGUGUUUACUUACCACUUUCUGUGAUAACGGUUGUGCCACAAAACCACCGCCUUCCUUUUUUUUUUUUAAGAAAAAAGAA